GUGGUAAACGUUCAACUUAUGCGGGUUGUAACUGCCUGAGGAGUUUCCUUCGACGCGCCACUUGGCCUUGUCUUUCUAAAUAUUAGCAUAAUAAAUAUAAAUGGACCCAGAACGCGAGGGGGCAGGGGCCACGUGAUCGCUCCACGAAAGCCACUUGUUAGCAAUAAGGCUGGAGAAGGAAAAGCCGACGCGCCCGCGGUCCGCGCGAUUUCCCGCCGCUCCCGCGUCCCCGGCGGCGGGCGGGCUCCGGGGGCGCCCGGGCCGCGGCGGCGGCGGCGGCGGCGGCGGCGGCGCGAGCUGCGCCUCCGGGCCGGUGAAUCAUCCCGGCAGACACCGAGAGCCGCGGCAGCAGAGAGCAGCGCUGAAACAUGGCUGAAGCGGCCACGGGCUUUCUGGAGCAGCUCAAGUCCUGCAUAGUUUGGUCUUGGACGUAUCUGUGGACCGUGUGGUUCUUCAUCGUGCUAUUCCUGGUCUACAUCCUGCGGGUGCCUUUGAAAAUCAACGACAAUUUGAGCACAGUGAGCAUGUUUUUGAACACAUUAACACCGAAGUUCUACGUGGCCCUAACAGGCACUUCUUCACUAAUAUCAGGGCUUAUUUUGAUAUUUGAAUGGUGGUAUUUUCGCAAGUAUGGAACUUCAUUCAUUGAACAAGUCUCAGUAAGCCACUUGCGCCCCCUUCUGGGAGGGGUUGACAACAACUCUUCCAACAAUUCUAAUUCCAGUAACGGGGACUCCGAUUCCAAUAGGCAAAGUGUCUCAGAAUGCAAAGUAUGGCGAAAUCCACUAAAUUUAUUUAGGGGUGCUGAAUAUAAUCGGUAUACUUGGGUGACAGGACGAGAGCCUCUUACUUAUUAUGACAUGAAUCUCUCUGCUCAGGACCACCAGACGUUCUUUACUUGUGACUCGGACCAUCUGCGUCCCGCAGACGCAAUAAUGCAGAAAGCCUGGAGAGAGAGAAACCCCCAAGCUAGGAUUUCUGCAGCUCAUGAAGCAUUGGAGAUAAAUGAAAUUAGGUCCAGAGUUGAAGUUCCCCUAAUUGCUUCCUCUACCAUCUGGGAGAUAAAAUUGUUACCAAAGUGUGCAACUGCUUAUAUUCUUUUGGCUGAAGAGGAAGCAACAACCAUUGCUGAAGCAGAAAAACUAUUUAAGCAGGCCCUGAAGGCUGGAGAUGGCUGUUACCGACGCUCUCAGCAGCUACAACAUCAUGGAUCCCAGUAUGAAGCCCAACAUAGACGAGACACCAAUGUCUUGGUGUACAUCAAAAGAAGGCUAGCAAUGUGUGCCAGAAGACUCGGGAGGACCAGGGAAGCAGUGAAAAUGAUGAGAGAUUUAAUGAAGGAGUUCCCCCUUCUGAGCAUGUUCAAUAUCCAUGAAAACCUUUUAGAAGCCCUUCUGGAACUACAAGCAUAUGCUGAUGUUCAGGCAGUCUUAGCUAAGUAUGAUGAUAUAAGCUUACCAAAGUCAGCAACAAUAUGCUACACAGCUGCUUUGCUCAAAGCAAGAGCUGUCUCUGACAAAUUCUCUCCUGAGGCUGCAUCUCGGCGGGGGCUGAGCACAGCAGAGAUGAAUGCAGUAGAAGCCAUUCAUAGAGCUGUGGAAUUCAAUCCUCAUGUGCCAAAAUACCUACUAGAAAUGAAAAGCUUAAUCCUACCCCCAGAACAUAUCCUGAAGAGAGGAGACAGUGAAGCAAUAGCAUAUGCAUUCUUUCAUCUUGCACACUGGAAGAGAGUGGAAGGGGCUUUGAAUCUUUUGCAUUGUACGUGGGAAGGCACUUUUCGGAUGAUCCCUUAUCCCUUGGAAAAGGGGCACCUAUUUUAUCCUUACCCAAUCUGUACAGAAACAGCAGACCGAGAGCUGCUUCCAUCUUUCCAUGAAGUCUCAGUUUACCCAAAGAAGGAGCUUCCCUUCUUUAUUCUCUUUACUGCUGGAUUAUGUUCCUUCACAGCCAUGCUGGCCCUCCUGACACAUCAGUUCCCGGAACUUAUGGGGGUCUUCGCAAAAGCUAUGAGUGACAUUUUCUGCUCGGCAGAGUUCAGGGACUGGAAUUGCAAGAGUAUUUUCAUGCGUGUUGAAGAUGAACUGGAAAUCCCUCCGGCACCUCAAUCUCAACAUCUCCAAAACUGAACUCAUCACUCCUCUUACCCCACUGCAUCACUCCUCUUACCAAAACUGCUCCUCCUCCCGUAUUCCUGACCUCUGCCAUCUACCCUGUUGCUCAAGCCAGAAACUCAGCAGCCCUUCCAAACUCUUCCCUCUCUCACUCCCCACAUCCCAUCUGUCUCGGCCUUCACAAUCCAUCAGUUCUAACCUCCUAAGCAACUAGGCCUUCAGUAAAUGUGAUUCACCUCUUCUUUCCCUCCUUUUCCCAAAGCAUCCCUCUUAGUCUAGGUCCUAGUUAUUUCUUGCCUGAACUCCUGCCAUAGUCUUAACUGGUCUCCUUGCUUCCUAUCUUAUCCUCCACCAGUCUUUCUUUUAUGCUGAUACAAGAAUGGUCUUUCUGAAUUGCACGUGUGAGCAUGUCACUUCCCUGCUUACAUUUCUCCAGUGGUUUCUCACUGACUUCAGGAUCAAGUCCCAGUUGUUCAGCAUGGCAUCCAAAGGCUCUUUAUGAUCUGGCCCUUGCUUACCUCUCAGCCUUAGCUCUCCCAACUCUUGCACAGUCACUGCUCCUCAGCCAUAAUGGAUCACUCACCAUUCCCAGAUGCACCAGGCUCUUGCACAUUUCUGCGCCUUUGCACGUGCUGUUUGCUGUACGUGGUAUGCCCUUCACUGUCACCACCCUGCUCAUCCACUCUACUAAUGCCUCUUCGUUCUUUUAUGCUCAGCUUUCUUUAAAGUUCUUCUAAGCUGAGUUAGGUGUCUCUCCUCUAUGAUCCCGCAGUAUUCCAUGAAUAUGUAUAUUCUCACAUUUCUUGUACCGUAUUAUAAUUGUUGAAAACUUGUCUGUCCCAUUUAGAAUGUGAGCUCCUUGAGAGCAGGACGGUGUCUUCCUUAUCUCUGUAUCCCCAAGGCUUUGCACAGUGCCUUGCACAUAGGAGGUUUUCAAUAAAUGGUUAUUAAAUAA